UGAUGAAGAUACAGAUCUUAAUUCUCUGAUAAAGUCUUGGCUAAGAAGUCAGCCUGAAGAAUGCAGAUACAACCUUGAAAAUUGGAUUGGGGACUAUUUUGAAAGGGCUUUAAACUGGGUUGUGAAGAAGAAUGACUCUGUGGUAGAAACAAGUUUAGUUGGAACUGUGAUGAAUGGACUGUCUCAUCUUCAUGGAUGCACUGAUCGUGGACAGUUUAUCAUUAACUUGUUACGUGGUCUUGGUGGUAAUCUCAACAUGAAAUCACGACAAGAAUUUGCAAAAGAGAUUUUCAGUUGGGCACAAGAAUCUCCACCAGAUCCGAGGAAGCUCCUGGACACAUAUUAUGACACUGACACUGGACAGCUAAUGCUGUAUCAGCUGAAAAAACCUGAAAAUCUAACAGCUGAUGACUUCAGUAAUCUCCAAACCCUUCCCGUCAUCCAAACCCCUGACAUACAGAGAGGUUUAGAUUACUUUAAACCCUGGCUAGACUUUAACAAUAAGCAGUCAUUUCUUCUUGUUGGUCCGGAAGGAUGUGGAAAGGGGAUGCUGCUUCAUUAUGCAUUUUCUCAACUCCGAUCCACUCAGAUUGCUACCAUUCACUGCAGUGCACAAACUACUUCUCAACAUCUUCUUCAAAAAUUAAGUCAAACUUGCAUUGUAAUCAGUACAAACACUGGGCGAGUGUACAGACCAAAGGACUGUGAAAGGCUUGUGUUCUACUUAAAGGAUAUCAAUUUGCCCAAGCCUGAUAAAUGGGGAACAAGUACUCUAGUGGCUUUUCUGCAGCAGGUUCUUACAUAUCAAGGAUUUUAUGAUGAAAAUCUGGAAUGGGUUGGUUUAGAAAACAUCCAGAUUGUGGCUUCCAUGUCUGCUGGAGGAACAUUAGGAAGACAUAAACUUACCUCCAGAUUUACUUCUAUUGUUCGUCUCUGUGCAAUUGACUAUCCAGAAAGAGACCAACUGCAAAUUAUUUAUAGUGCCUACUUAGAACCUGUACUACAGGAAAAGCUAAAGAAUCACCCUGUCUGGGGUUCUUUACCAAAAAUACAUCAGCUAGCAGGAUCUAUGGUUCAAGUGUAUGAACAGGUACGAGCGAAAUUCACAGUUGAUGAUCACAGUCAUUACCUUUUCACACCACGUAUUCUUACUCAGUGGGUUCUUGGUUUAUUCAGAUAUGAUUUAGCAGGUGACUGUGUAUUGGAAAUAGUUGCUUACGAAGCACAACGUUUGUUCUGUGACAAAAUUGUUGGCAUGAAAGAGCUUCAUGUGUUUGAUAAUAUUUUGAUGAAAGUUUUUCAAGGUGACUGGGGCUCAGAUGUUCUGGACAAUAUGACAGAUAACUUCUAUGUAACUUGGGGAGCUUGUCAAGAGUCAUUCAUGAAGCCAGGACAGGCACUACCGCCACAUGGGAGGCCACUUGGCAGACUAAACUCUGCAGACCUGAAAGAUAUUAUUCAAAAAGGUAUUAUUCAUUAUGGGCGAGACAAAAGAGAGAUAGAGAUUUUACUGUUCCAAGAAGUCCUCAGUUGUAUGUCUAAAGUGGACCGAGUGCUGAGUUUUCCUGGAGGAUCACUUCUUUUGGCAGGACGGAGUGGUGUGGGCCGUCGAACAGUUACCUCUUUAGUGAGUCAUAUGCACGGAGCUGUUCUGAUUACUCCCAAAAUCUCCAGAGGCUAUGAGCUGAAGCAGUUCAAAAAUGAUCUUAAAUCUGUGAUGGAGCUUGCGGGCAUUGAAGCACAGCAGGUCGUAUUGCUGCUCGAAGAUUAUCAGUUUGUUCAUUCCAUGUUCCUUGAGAUGAUCAACAGUUUGCUGUCUUCAGGAGAAGUUCCUGGGCUAUAUAAAAUAGAAGAAUUGGAACCACUGCUGUCUCCUCUGAAGGAUCAAGCUUCACAAGAUGGAUUUACAGGACCAAUUUUCAACUAUUUCACAUACCGGAUCCAACAAAAUCUGCAUGUUGUCUUGAUCAUGGAUUCUACCAAUUUAAAUUUCACAAUAAACUGUGAAAGUAAUCCAGCACUGUACAAGAAAUGUCAGGUGUUGUGGAUGGAAACCUGGUCAGAAAACAGCAUGAAAAAG